CUUAGUUCAAUUACGAAAAUUUUAAAAUAUAUAUUUGAAUAGAUAUAUAAAGACAUAUCUACAUAUAUCUAUCACUGAACUAAGGUGGCAAAGAUAGUGCGAAUUGGAAUCGAGAAUUGUACAAGAUACUCACACUCAUAAAGGAAUAUAUUUGAAGAAGUAUUGGUGUUAGUGUUGUGUUAAAAAUAAAAUGGGAAAACAAAAAAUUUACUGUGCAAAAUGCGACAAAAAAUGUUCUGGAGAAGUUCUACGUGUGGCAGAUAAACACUUUCACAAGGCAUGUUUUCAGUGCUGCCAGUGUAAGAAAUCACUAGCUACAGGCGGUUUCUUUACAAAGGAUGGUGCUUAUUAUUGCAUUCCUGAUUAUCAGAGGCUAUACGGAACAAAAUGCGCUGCCUGCCAGCAAUAUGUAGAGGGAGAGGUAGUCUCAACUAUGGGGAAGACGUAUCAUCAGAAAUGUUUUACGUGUUCCAAAUGCAGUAAGCCAUUUAAGUCUGGAAGCAAAGUUACUAAUACUGGCAAGGAAGUAUUAUGCGAAAACUGUGUUGCAGGUCCUGCUGCAUCGCCUGUGCAAAAAACUAAUGAUAUAGUACAUAAAGAUGGCACUGCAUCGCCACCACCGUUAGCAGAAAGUCCUACUAGGGCUACAGCACAUCAGCAGAUGAGUAAUGCGAUUUCAGAUAGGGCUCGCAUUAAAGAAGAUUAUGAUCCGAACGAUUGUGCUGGUUGUGGAGAACUUUUGAAAGAAGGUCAGGCAUUGGUCGCCUUAGAUCGUCAAUGGCACGUUUGGUGUUUCCGAUGUAAAUCCUGUAACUCCGUUUUAAAUGGAGAGUAUAUGGGUAAAGAUGGUGUACCUUAUUGUGAGAAAUGUUAUCAAAAAUCAUUUGGUGUAAAAUGUGCUUACUGCAAUCGCUUCAUAAGCGGAAAAGUAUUACAGGCAGGAGAUAAUCAUCACUUCCAUCCAACAUGUGCACGUUGCACAAAGUGUGGUGAUCCAUUUGGUGAUGGUGAAGAAAUGUACCUACAAGGUAGUGCAAUUUGGCAUCCUCGUUGUGGACCUGGUCCAUCGGAAGCUGGUAUAAUUUUAAAUGGUACCGGUGUUACUAGCAACGGUAAUUUUACAGAUACUGAAUGCGAUCGCAUUAGCUCUAGUGCACUUAGUGAAAUGUACAUGCGUUCCAGAACACCGAGUUUUAAUGGUUCACUUUAUUCCUCUAGCCGCAAGCACUAUCGAACUGUAAGUCCUGGUUUGAUAUUGAGGGAAUAUGGUCGGCCUGGAUAUGAAGACAUUUCACGUAUUUAUACGUAUAGUUAUUUGACGGACGCACCUCAUUAUCUUAGGAAGCCAAUUGAUCCAUAUGAUAAAACACCAUUAUCACCACACUUUCAUCGCCCAUCUUCUUAUGCCACUAGUACUGGUGGUUCUGUGUCUGGUAGCAGGCCAUCGUCGCGUCCACAUUCAAGAACGCGCAGUGCUAUGAAAGUGCUAGUUGAUGCAAUACGAUCAGAAACGCCACGUCCUAAAAGUCCAGGUAUGAACAAUGAAGAACCUAUUGAAUUAUCACAUUAUCCAGCAGCGAAAAAACCACCACCGGGUGAAAAACCAAAAAUUGAGCGAGAUGAUUUUCCUGCACCACCAUAUCCCUACACAGAUCCUGAGCGAAGGCGACGUUAUAGUGACUCAUAUAAAGGAGUUCCUGUUUCAGAUGAAGACGAAGUCGAUAAUACCAAGAAUGGAGAAGUUCAAUUACGACUACAACGAGAAGCUGAAGAAUUAGAAAAACUCAAUUCUAAUAUCGGAUCAGUGAUAGCCAAAGAUCUUAAAGAACAUGCAAAAUAUAGGAAAUGGAAGCAAAAUAAUUUAGAUCCAAGAAAUGCAUCACGUACACCAUCAGCAUCCAAAGAACCUAUUCAUAAAUUAAGGUACGAAUCACCUAUCGGUGCCUCGCCAUCACGUAAUUUGGAUCAUCAGAAACCCUUCUACGAAGAUGAAGCGUUCGAUCGAUCAACCAGCUAUAGAGGUUCACUUGGUAAAUCGCUUGGCAAUGCGCCUAGUUACAACGCAAUACAUUCCUACCGAUCGCCACCAAAGCCUGGAUAUGGCUUUAAAACAUCAACCUUGCCGCCUUAUAUGCGCUCUGGAUAUAGUUCAGAUUAUUCUUAUGGAGGAUUGGGUGAUAAAACACAUAGUACAGAUUUAAGCUGUGGAAAAUCAGAAGCAUCAGUAGAUUCCAUUACAGAAGGAGACCGACGUGCUUUGAUGGGUGGUGAAUUGCCUGCGUCAAGUACAUACUCUGGAGCGCUUUCUUAUCAUUAUCCACAAGCUGGUUUAAUAAGACGUAGUUUACCAAAUAUGGCGCACUCGAUGCUUGUGCAUGAACCAGCUAAAAUUUAUCCUUAUCACUUAUUAAUCAUCACAAAUUAUCGUCUACCAUCAGACGUGGACCGCUGCAAUUUAGAGCGACAUUUAUCUGACGUAGAAUUUGAACAUGUUUUGCAAUGCACAAGAGCUGAAUUUUACAGAUUACCACAAUGGAGACGAAAUGAAUUAAAACGACGCGCAAAGUUGUUUUAAAAGUCCUUCCUAGAGAAGUGUACCAUGAAACCAAAUUCUAACUUUUAUAUUAGAUUAGUACCAAUAAAAGCAUUUUGAGAAUAUAAAAUUUCGAACAUCCCUGCCACAAUUUAAGCUUUGCCAGUGAUAUCACAACGCUACCGACUGCUACUUUUGAAAUGGUGGUGCUGUCGUUAAAUAGUAAAUCAGCUAAAUGCUGAAUUUUUUGAUUUGGACGGAACUAUAUUCUAGAGCAGCCAAGUUGAAAAAUAAUCUAUAAGCAUGGUUAUUUAAAUUAAAUUAGCUUUUCUAUAUUAUUAAAAUAAUGUUUAUUUCUUUUGCUGCUAAUUAUAUUUUUUUAUUACGAAUAAAUACAAUAAAAGUACCUUUAUCACCGAAAAUAUUCACGUAUAACGAAAUGUUAUUGAAAGUUAAAGGGAAUUGUAAUCUAAAAACAAAUUGAUUGCCUGCUGGAAGAUUAACAUUUUAUUUAAUGUAUAUUAUUUAUUAAAAUAAAAACAAAAUAUUCAAACAAUAAAAAAAAUAUUAAAAACAAA